AUGACCCAUGAUGCCCAGAGUGAAGAAAUGUCUAACAGCAGCUCCAUUGGGCACUUCCUCCUCCUGGCAUUGGCAGACACGCAGCAGCUGCAGCUCCUGCACUUCUGCCUCUUGCUGGGCAUCUCCCUGGCUGCCCUCCUGGGCAAUGGCCUCAUCAUCAGCGCCGUAGCCUGCAGUCACCACCUGCACACGCCCAUGUUCUUCUUCCUGCUCAACCUGGCCCUCAGCGACCUGGGCAUGAUCUGCACCACUGUCCCCAAAGCCAUGCACAAUUCCCUCUGGCACACCAGGACCAUCUCCUACUCAGGAUGUGCUGCACAGGUAUUUUUCUUUGUCUUUUUCAUUGCAUCAGAAUUUGCAUUUCUCACCAUCAUGUGCUACGACCGCUACGUGUCCAUCUGCAAACCCCUGCACUACGGGACCCUCCUGGGCAGCAGAGCUUGUGCCCACAUGGCAGCAGCUGCCUGGGCCAGUGGCUUUCUCUUUGCUCUGCUGCACACAGCCAAUACAUUUUCCCUGCCCCUCUGCCAUGGCAAUGCCCUAGGCCAGUUCUUCUGUGAAGUUCCCCAGAUCCUCAAACUCUCCUGCUCACAUUCCAGCUUAAGGGAAGUUGGGCCUCUUGUGGUCACUUUUUGUUUAGGUUUUGGUUGUUUUGUGUUUAUGGUUUUUUCCUAUGUGCAGAUCUUCAGGGCUGUGCUGAGGAUACCCUCUGAGCAGGGACGGCACAAAGCCUUUUCCACCUGCCUCCCUCACCUGACCGUGCUUUCCCUGUUCCUCAGCACUGACACAUUUGCUCACCUGAAGCCCCCCUCCGUCUCUUCCCCAUCCUUGGAUCUGGCAGUGUCAGUUCUGUACUCGGUGGUGCCCCCAGCCCUGAACCCCCUCAUCUACAGUCUGAGGAACCAGCAGCUCAAGGAAUCUCUCAGGAAAGCUGUGACUGGAUGCUUUUCAGCCUUUUCAUUGUCCCAUAAGAGCCCUCACAGUGCUUUGCAUUGGGAGCGACAAAGGACCUGGCAACAUACCCCUGCUUUGGCUCCUGCCGUCUCUCAGAAUUCUCUUUCCCUCAAGGGGCUUCAAGUGGGUCAGAACCUGGGAAGGGACAGCAGGUCAUAG